AUUGAGUUUAUAUAAACUAAACUAAAGUGAAUGAAUGGCGCAUUUCGGUUAUAAAUCUGGAGAUGUAUUGAUGGGGAAAUAUAUACAGUGUAAAAGGAUUUUAUUUUAAGUAACACACGUAGCAAAUUAAGUUUAGGUGGAGAGUGUCGUCCUUGAUUAGCCUAUGAAGACUUCACAGGCUCUUGUGGAACGACACUUUACCCACGUGGACAAAGCCCCGUUUUCUCAGAGCGUUUAUUUGUUCAAGUUACCGCGAUGAGCAAGAGAGACAAAAGUCCAGCAAAGUCGAAAACACCCGUCGCCGAGAAUCCUUCACCGAAACAAGAAAGCUUCAUAAAAUGUGAGCUCUGUCGACACACGUUGGACAACCCCAAAACAUUGGAAUGUCUGCACUCGUUUUGCCGGGACUGCCUGAUGGCGUACAUUUCAGAAACGGUUGGGAAGGGACCAGCGCCCAGCGGCGUAACGGUGUGCCCAGUCUGCUUGCAAACCAGUCCUCCACCGGUGGGGUCGAAAUCCAAGGAGCAGUGGUCGGAUGAUUUUCCCACCAACGAGUUUUUGAAGAGUUACCUUGAGGCGUCGGCCUUGAAGGAUCCGAACAAGAAAUGCGACACGUGUCACCGCCAGGAUAAGGAGGUGGAUGCGCAGCAAUGGUGUCCGCAAUGCCAUGACGCGUUGUGCGACGACUGCGUGAGCUUUCACAACGCACUGAAAACAACGAAACUCCACAAGACCGUCUAUCUGUCUAAGGUGCGCAAUCAGCCGAUUGAGAACAUCAUAUCGCACCCGCACUGUCCGGACCACGCGGGGGAAACUGUCACGAGAUAUUGUGAGACCCAUGACGACAUCGGCUGCGAGAAAUGCGUGGCCACUAAGCACAAAUCGUGUAAAGAUGUCCGUCCGCUGAAAGAUGCGGCCCACACGCAUCAGUCUGAGAUAAACAAAAUCAAGUCGACUCUUGGCGACGCUACUAAGCUGGCACGAGCGCUGUAUGACGACAGGUUUAAAGCGGAUAAAACACUCGACGAUGUUCAAGCAAAUAUGCUUAUAAGAAUCCAAUCGAUCAGGAAAAAAAUAAACGAGAAUCUGUUGAAAUGUGAAUCGCAAAUUAUCGGCGAGCUGUAUGAUGUGCACGGAAAAGAAAAGGCGGUCAUACAAUCAGAGAUGAAAGAAGCACAGAGAAUCCGAAAAUCAUGCGGAAUGAUACACGGAUUGUGUGAAAGUAGUUCCAAGUAUGGGACUGAAUAUCAUGUACUGGAAAACAGGACGAAAGCAGCCACACAGAGUGAAUACUACAAAGGUAAACUUGGGUCACUGAACAAUAGAAUCAAACAGACGAAAAUGGAUUUCGUCGUGGAUCCAAUUCUGGAAAAGUUAAUGUCCGGUGUAAGCCGAUUGGGGGACAUUCGCAUGACGUCAUCUCCGGCCGAACUUCCUGUGACGCAGAAUCUUAAAAUAGCAAAACACGAUUCCGACCCAGAAGAUGAAUUAGACAUGCGUGGAUCGAGGCGAACUCUACAGGCGGAUUCAAAGAGUCUGCGUUCGAUGCGCUUGUCAAAUUUGUAUGCUAAUUUACAGGCUGCGUUUUCGGCCAGAUCUGAUUCGGACACAGAAUUAUGCUGGUUUACUGGAAUAGCCUACCUGCCAAACGGCAACAUGGUGUUGGUGGAUAGAAAUAACUCCAAACUGAAGCUCAUCGACAAGACGUUUAGACUCGUGGGCGAGCACAAAAUGGAGCACCAACCGUUCGGUCUUACGUUUAUGCUGACCAAUCAGAUCGCAGUAACAACGCCGAGGGAAAAUCAGGUUGAAAUAUACGAAGUCGGCGCUACCUUUAAACUGUUGGACAGUUUCCGUAUAUCCGACAGAGGGUAUGGCAUCAGUUAUGGUGGAGAGAAGUUUGCCGUCAUUUGCUCAUGCGCAUCAAACCCUUCAAUUAAGGUUAUAUCACGGAACGGGGAGGAAAAACAAGACCUAUGCCCCGUGGACAACUACCACCCCAUGUUCCUACGUCCCUGGUACGUGAAGCUAGACCCGUCCGGUACAUACAUGUACGUGUCCGACUGCCACAGGAGUCACGUGACCUGCAUUUCCGGUACCGUCCUGAAACAGUUUGUGUACCAGGACAGCAGUUUGAACUCUCCUCGAGGAAUGUAUAUCACCAAAGACAAGCGCGUUCUCGUCUGUGGAUUCGGAACAGACAACGUGCAGUUGCUAAGCUCCGACGGGGCGUUGAUGGGAGACCUUUUGGCUCGUAACGACGACGUUAUGGGUCCACAAGACGUUGCCUUGACCUUGGCAGAAGACAAGAUGGCGGUGACCUUUGACCCUUCCAGUGGCAAGAGCGAUACCGUACAUGUAUAUGGUGUCAACCUGUAGAGCCAUAUAGGAAGUUUCAUGCAUUCACGUUUUACAUGCAUUUUGCUUUGAUUUGAGUUAAUAUUUAUUAUUAUAGUAUUUAUUAUUAUAGUUUCAGUGUAUAGUCGUUAAUUGUAAUAUGAUCGUUUUUCAUUUCUCGAUUAUUAUUAAAAAAGUGAUAAUGAAUUAUUUAUGAAUGCCAAGGAGGAAUCGAGCCUAAAAUGUAAACUGUUAUGUAUAGUUUCAACUGUAUUGCCUCGCCAAAGCCGGGCAACUACUUCAGGUAUGUUGUGAUUGGUCGUCAAUUUCCGACUUAUAUAUUGCGGAAGAGUUUGUCUUUAGUUGUAUUGGUUGGUUGAUAUAUUGCCUGCAUUGUAUUAAAAAAAUACCUUUUUGCGAAAAAAUAAAUAAAUUGGUUAUUGUUUGUGAUUGAUAUGCUAUGAACCAAUCGACUACUAAUAAUCAAAAGCUUCUUGAUUAACAAAUCGACAAGUUGUUUUAUUGCUAGAAGACUUUAAGGGAGGCUCUAGACGUGUACGUGGAACAUUCGAUGGUUACGUAAGGAUAUCUAUCUUGAAGAAGGUAUGCGUGCGCUUUUCCAGCGCUUUCUAGUUUUGAACGUUUAUUCGUGAAGCUGUACAUUUACGUGUAUCGGUUUUACUUAUACGAAUUUAUACAAUU